AUAAUAAUAAUAAUAAUAAAAUAGAUGCAAGCAAAAUGUCAGGAGAGAAUGCUUCCGGAACGUGGCCAGACUGCCCGGAAAACUCACCACAACUCUGGCCGUGAAAGCCCUUUGACCACACACAGUAAUAAAGGUUAAUAAUAAAUAAAUAAAUAAAUACGUAGAUGCAGGCGAAACGUCAGGAGAGAGUGCUGCCAAGAAGCCACCCCCCCCUGGAGGCGGGCGUGGGGUGUGUGGUAGGUAUUUGCUCCAUGAGUCAGAAGUUGAUCUUUUUUCUUUUUUUCCCCAAAGCCGGGUGAUUGAGUAACAGGCAGAGAAAGAAGAAGGUCAGGACGAGAGAAAGAAAGAAAGAAAGAAAGAAAGAAGAAAAGAAGGAGGGAGAAAGUUUUUUUUCAGUCUGCGGGGCGGGGAAGGGUGGGCAGAAGAAGGGACUUGUCACCGCAAAAGAAAAGCUGCUCAGACUUGCCUGAGAAGAAGAAGAGGAGGAGGAAAAUCCCGGCUGGAUCCGGAGGACGGAGAACUAGAAAGCCUUUCCCGGGAAGAUCACCUUCUUCUUCUUCUUCUCCUUCUUCUCCUUCUCUUUCUCGUUCUUCUUUUCCAUCCCGAGGAUGAAGUCCUUGCUCCUUUGCCUCUGGCUCCUCCGGGCAGAUUCCCUGAUGUCGCGUCCUGCUCCGCUGGCGGUGAUCUCCCCGCAGGACCCCAGCCUGGUGAUCGGGGCCUCUCUCUCGGCCAGUUGUGCGGUCAGUGUGGAGUCGGGCCUGCGGGCGGAGGAGCUCUACUGGACGCUCAACGGGCAGCGCCUGCCGGGGGAGAGCUACCACCUCCUGGGCCCACGCCGCCUGGGACUCACCCUGGCCCCGCUCAACGGCUCCCGACAGCACUCCGGGGACAACCUGGUCUGCCACAGCAAGCGCGGAGGGGCCAUCCUGGCCGGGGCAUGCCUCUACGUCGGGCUGCCGCCAUCCAAACCCACCAACAUUUCCUGCUGGUCCAAGAACCUGAAGGAUCUCACGUGCCAGUGGGCGCCCGGAACCGAGGGCGAAACCUACCUACACACCAAUUACACCUUGAAGUAUAAACUGAGGUGGUACGGGCGGGACCACGCGUGCCAGGACUACCACACGGCCGGGCCCUACUCCUGCCGCAUCCCCAAGGACCUGGCCCUCUUCACGCCCUACGAGAUCUGGGUGGAGGCCUCCAACCGCCUCGGGGUGGCCGUCUCCGAAGUCGCCAUGCUGGACAUCGUCGACGUGGUGACGACGGACCCCCCCUCGGACGUGCAGGUGAGCCGAGUGGGGGACUUGGAGGACCAGCUGAGUGUGCGCUGGAGUGCCCCGCCGGCCCUCAAGGACUUCCUCUUCCAGGCCAAGUACCAGAUCCAGUACCGGGUGGAGGACAGCUCCGAGUGGAAGGUGGUGGACAACGUGGGCAACCAGACCUCGUGCCGGCUGGCGGGCCUGCGCCCGGGCACGGUCUACUUUGUGCAGGUCCGUUGCAACCCCUUUGGCAUCUACGGCUCCAAGAAGGCCGGCAUCUGGAGCAGCUGGAGCAACCCCACCGCCGCCUCCACCCCACGCAGCGGGCGUGUUCCGGGCGUGUGUGAGCCCAAGAGCGGGGAGCACAACAACACGCUGCGCCGGGAGCUCAAGCAGUUCUUUGGCUGGAUGCGCAAGCACGGCACCUGCAACAACCUCAGCAUCAAGAUGUACGACCAGUGGCGCGUCUCCCUCCAGAAGUCACACAAGACACGCAACCAGGUCCUAUCCGGCGAUAAAUCCUAGUCGAAUUUGAAGACUUUUCCCAAGCCAUCGCAUCUUCCUGCCCGUUCGAACCCAUAUAUGUAAAAAUAUUUAUAUACGGACUUAUCGGUUGUGUUUCGGGACUUUCUUGUAUGUGUUAACAAUAAAGCGGUGUCUAUUUCUCCAUA